AUGAAAGGCACCGGUAAACAGCAGCAGCAGCAGCAGCAGCAACAGCAAGAAGACGAGACAUCGACGAAACAAACGACGGGCAUGUUGUACAAUUUCAUAGAUGGUUUCGUCGAGAGCGUUGGUGAUGAAAAAGAUUCGUCGAUGGUAUCGAGAUCGAUUCCAAAAAACGGCAAUUGCAGGAGUGCUGCGAACAACAGAUGCAUCGGCAGCAACGAUGGUAACAGCGAGAAGAACGCAGGCAGCGGCACUCCUGCAACUGGUGCAAGUGGUGCAUCAUCGUCACUAGCAGAUUUCGAGCUGUGUCUGUUGCAACGACGCCACCGCCCGAAAACUGACGGAAAUGUUGCUGUUCGUCAGGAUACCACCCACGAUUCUAUCGACAAUGCAAUGGACGUCAUACUUACCAAGCAAAACGAUGACGAAUACGUACUGCACCUCUGCCAGGUUUCGAUGGCUCUGUCAAAGAACCGAAACGGGCGCAGCGAUGCGGCUAGAAGGGCGAUAAGGAUAGGAGCAUCGACGGAAUUUGCGAAAAUGACGGCAGCGGGAAGUAAGGAGGAUUCCGGGUAUCUCAGCGGAGGUGAAGAAAUCGCAACGGCAGCCGGUGAGGAAAAGGGUGAUGCGGCACAGACGUGCGGCGGCGUAUCGUGGCGGCGGACCAGCUGUUCGAUUAGCGAAGAAGACACCGAAGGGAGUUUCGAAGAUGACGGCUGCACCAGCGAAUCGGGUGCCGAGAGUAUCGAAACUCACUCGGUGUUCUUUGAUAAGAUCGCCACCGGCGAAACUGCAGCUGCACUUGCCAAGCCGGCGAACGACAAAGACGGCGACGACGAGACACGCAACGUCUGUUGCGCCGCACGUGCCACACAAUUAAAGGCGGUACAACAUGUUGUGUUUAUUUGGAUUCCAUCUCAGGCUGGAAUUGGUGGAAACAAAUUAGCAGACCAAAAUGCUAAAAAGGCUGCAACUUCAGAUGGUCUGAUAAACCUGAAACUGCCAGUGGCCAAUAUCAAGAUGGAACAGGAAAUGGCAAGCAUCUCAAUUGAAGCUGCUGGAGCCGAAGUCAAAUUUAGGACCAAUGAUAGCAGUAACCUCCAAUAGAAGACACAAAGUGCUGUCCACACAAGGGUUAUGCAUGAAUUUCACAUCUUAGGUGAACAGGAGCCAAAGUGUGAAGUUUGUACGGUUUCGACGGUGAUGGCAAGAGAGCAAGAUUGAUGGAGCUCGGGCCGAGAUUUACGUUGCGAUUGAAAUCUUUGCAGAAAGGCACCUUCAUAGAUGGAAGACGGCAUAAAAUGGAGACAAGUAGAAGGAAGUUCUUUUUGUGAAUUGUUUUUGCUGACAUAUCUCCAUUUAGGUGGAGGACAUUUUAUGCAUGAAAAUAAAGUUGAUUUGAGUU